AUAAUAGCAUGUGAGCCAUGCCAAUCAAUAUCUUUUAUAACAUUUGUAUUACAUGUGGACGUUGAAGUUUUAUUUACAACCUCAAUUACAUGCCUCCUGCAAAUUUAUCAUUUUCAUUUUGCCUCAUACGCUACAUGAUAUGUAGCCCAGUCAUCACAGUUUAUCACAGAGUAAUUUAAUUUGUUUUCUAAUUACUUAAGGCUACCUUUGCCUUUAUUUUAUGCUCGAAAUUUCGACUAGAGUGGGAGCUUUAGUAAGACACUUGAAUGCAGCACACGUCAUAUGAUGAAAAGGGACCACUGAAUUUCCCCCAUAACUCAGGAGAGAUCUCCCUUGACAAUGUUAACCAUUUGACAGUCUCGCCAUUGAUUACCCAAAGCUAGCUGAAAAAAUAACAAAGAGAUCAACUUUGAGAAUAGUGUCAGUGAGUGACCCGCAGCAGCGAGGGGGAGCCCAUCAACGACCCUUGAACCGACAGCUGUUAUCCAGGAGGAUUGCAGAUAUUCAAGCGGCUCCGUUACAAGAAACCAUACACAUUUCAUAACAGUUUUUUAUGGAGGCUGUUUUGAACUGCAAACCAGAGGACUUGGAGGAUUACUACGGGUUAUUAGGAUGUGAUGAAUUGUCGUCGACUGAACAGAUUCUCAACGAAUACAAGAUCCGAGCCUUGGCAUGUCACCCAGACAAACACCUAGACAACCCAAGAGCCGUGGCAGAUUUCCAAAAGUUGCAGGAAGCCAAAGAGGUUUUAUGCAAUGAAACCAAAAGAAAAAACUAUGACCUCUGGAAAAGAAGUGGAGUUACUAUUCCAUUUCAUGACUGGCAAGCCUUGAAUGACUCUGUAAAAACUUCAAUGCACUGGGUUGUGAGAAAAAAGACGGAACCGAUGUUGGAGGCCUCAAAAGCAGAAAUCCCUGACACUUCCCAAGCAGAGGACCUUCAUUCUGAGCAAGAAGCACCAAAGAUCCCUUCAUAUGAUGCCAUGCCAUCCUCAAGUGAUUACUGCCAUCGACGUUUCCGUUGGGCUGCUGACUCGCCAUCUAGUCUGCUGCAGAGGUUUAGAAAUUAUGAAAUAUAAAUAUAUCAACAGUUUAAUUUUGUUGAAAUGUUUGUGUUUUGUGCCUUGUUGUUGUCCUUCUUCAGUUGGGAAUCUGUUAACUGUGGUGUCAAUGUUGUGAAUUGUGAAUAUGUUCUGGCUGUAACUCCACUAAACUUCUCGCAGAAACUGGAAAUCGUGAGCUCUGAAUGUUUCUGUUGCAAGUGUGAAAUACUUUGUCAAACAAACAUCAGACACAUUAGAUUAUGUGAAUCAUUUAAUUUGUUAUUAGUCUUGCUCAUUUGUUAAUUAUGUUCACUACCACACAAUGGAGAAAUGAUCUGAAACUGGAGUUAAUGCUGUAAUGUGUAUUUGUGUUGUUGUCAAGUUCAUAAUGUUGGAAACAUAAAAGUGAAACUUGCUUAUGUGUCUUAUUUAAUGUCUUCAACGUCAAUGUCUUCUAAUUGGAAACAGAACAUUCAAUUUGCCACUGUUGUGCAUUUGCGUGGCAUCAUUACACCUACAGUGAUUUUUGCUUUAAAUAGAGUACCAGUGACUUCCAUUUUUGCUUGAGUGGGGUGGGAUUUUAUCAGAAGUAAUUCAAAACAUCUAACCAAAAGAGAGGCACAAAAUUAGAUUUUGUUUACAUUUGUGGAAACAAAUGAUUUCCCUUAUUUUCAAUGUAACUUGAGUUAUUUUGAGUUUAGGAAUGCAUGUUAUUUGGCUACUACCAUCAUGUUGAUAUUAUAACUGUAAAGGUCUUUCAAAAAAUCAAACAAGUGUAGGUAGAUUAUAAAUGAGUGAAAAUGUUUCACCCCGCUGGCAGAUGACAUGUCAAACUUUUUCUAUAAUUAAAAUGUAUUUAACAAGGCAUAUGAAGUAGAGGCUGGGUUCCAAAUGUUAAGUGUAUGCAGGUGUCAGGAAGUGAUUGAUGACUGGAGUUAUCUCUAUAGAUCUCAGAGCAAACGUGGAAGUAGUAUCACCUCCUGGGGAGGAAGGAAUAGCAACCAGGAAGGAAUCAGGUCCUGCAGUAUGUCCACAAAGCGUUCAAAGAACGAUGUGAACAGUCUGUGAGAAAAUGGCUAACUCGUAUGCUAAGUUUCUUUAGUUCCUGUAGUGAACAACACAUCACAAAAUUCAUUAGAGAAUUUUAUCAAUUGCAGUCUUGAGAGGUUGGACCUUUUCCACCUUGAUAUCCCUUCACUCGCCAACCUAAGCUACAAAAUAAUUAGAGCUGGAAUUGUUAUUAGUGUCUGUAUCAGAUAUUUCAUAAUAAGGAAAAUGAUCAUCAUUUUGAGUAUAUACCUUCUCCAUAUUAGCUGUAAUGUAAAUGGUCUUAAAUGCAUAAAGGUUAGCUCCAUACUUUAAAUAUUACUCAGGCUGUUAUCUUCAGUCAUCCAUGUCUUCAAAUAUUAAUUACAAGAUAAGGACUGGAUAAGGUAAGAUAAGGGCCGGAUCAAAAACGGUAAACAAAGAAGAGGGCAAAUACAAGAACAGAAAAUGUAAAAACAAGCUGUAAUGAUAAAAAAGUAGAUUAGAUCUGAAUAUUAAUCAUGGACAACUGAUAUAUUUUAUCACCUAACCUAUCUUAUCUGCAUUCGAAGGUUAAACUCCAGCUCAGCUUAUUAAUGAAUAACUCUGCAGUACUCUGUCUAACCCUUCAGCCUAGAAAUGAAUUAUGAAGAUAGGAAUAAAUUGAAAUAAAUCUGUACCCAAUAUAAACUGACAUUAAUCUGUGUUCACUAUAAUUACAAUGGCAAUAUUUGUAGCAGUGCACUUAUUUUUUUAAACUUCAACAGCAUUUGUAUGAUUCCUCGCUGUCCUACAGUGCUUAUACUGUAGUGCUUAACAGACACCUCCCAUAUCCAAGAGGCCUGCUUACUUAGUAAAUGGACCUCUGAGGAACCUUUUGUUUUCAGAGUGAGCAAGGCCUGAGGAAGAAGAGGAACCCUGAAGAAUUAGCAGAAAAAUGUCCUUACAUUAUUUAAACUACAAAUUCUAACUACUUAUUACAAUAAGAAUAAUGCAUCAUAUUAUAAAGGGAUCAUAUAAUCGGAUGUUAUGUUGCCGAUCCAAAUUAAAUGAACUUUAGAAAAUGUAAUAUGCUACAUCAGCUCUCAGCACUGCAGCCGCAACGUUUCGUCACUAGAUGCCGCUGUGCGUGCUCAGAUGACGUCACGUUUGCAGAAGCUAAAAGCCCGAUGAGUGCAGCAGUCUCUCGCCGGGUGCGGUGGCGCGCGCCUGUAAUCCAAGCUACCGGGAGGCUGAGGCUGGCGGAUCGUUUGAGCUCAGGAGCUCUGAGCUGCAGCGGACUAUGCCGAUCGGGUGUCCGCACUAAGUUCGGUAUCGAUAUGGUGCUCCUAGGGGAGCCCGGGACCACCAGGUCGUCUAAGGAGGUGCACCGGCCCAGGUCGGAAACGGAGCAGGUCAAAGCCCCCGUGCCGCUCAGUAGUGGGAUCGCGCCUGUGAAUAGACGCUGUAGUGCAGCCUGAGUAAUACAGCGGGACCCAGUCUUU